AUGCAUGUAGGACAAUGCCAACCAGCAAUUAACACCUGCACCAAAGUGGGAGGGGGUUGGAGAGUGAAAACUAAAGAGUGUGUCAGCGAAACAGAGAAGGUGUACUCCGAGGCCAGAAGGGGAAGGGAGCGACAGAGAGAUGACAUACUCAAGGAGCUCCUAUCAAAACUAAGUAAUGAAGGUGCUUGGAAUCUGCAAAAGAACCCUAAAGAAACAAUCACGGACGUGCUUCUGCACCCUUGGAUGAAUAGUCUACUGGGGGGCCUUCAAACACUAAGUGGUCUAAUUCCUGGUAAAAGCCUGGCUUCCCUACACCAGCCGAUUGACCAGCCUUGUCUCUCUGGCUUCCUCUACAACAUCUCUCAGUAUCUCCAAGAUAUGAGUACAGGACAGGAAGAAGCACCAAUAGACCAGGACCAGCUGUGGGAGAAAGUGCUCUAUUUUUUUCUCCAAACCGAAGGGAACGCUGCACAGAGCCAGUGGAACGGCAGAGUGCCACCUCGACCCAGCAUUCAAGUGAAGGACUGGUUUCUGUCCCUCAGAGGCAGCCCGCACUGGGACUGGCUGCUGGGCCUCCUGCAGAGCCUAACAAGCCUCCUGGAACAUCAGCCUCACAAGUCCCUUCUGACUUUGUUGUCUCAGAACUGGAGGACAGUGAGCGCCGUGCUGGAGGCCUCUCUGCAGGCACUGAUCAGUGGGACAUACGGCCAGGCCAGUGCAGGCCUGCAGGGUUUCAUCUGCGCGCUGAAAGGUCGCACUGACUGUCCUUUUGGUGUCAGCUGGCUUCAGUAUGUACUGCGCCUCCUCAAAACACACAACUGGAGUCCCAUGGUGAGUUUGCACUCAGCUGGGGAGGAUACAGAACACAGGAGAGGCUCGGGUGGACGCAUUAAACCCUUCAGCUUGCCUCCUGAAGCCAUGAGGCAGGAUUUAUUCCCAGAAAAUACUUUUGUCGAUGACACAAAGGGAACGCAGAAUGAUCCAGAUUCUAUGCGACACUUAUUCCUGCAAGCACUGUCACGCUCAACUGGCGACAACUUGGCACAGAAAAAUCUAGCGCUUGUUCAAAGUUUGGAUGGGCUCAGGACGGGCCUCCUACACAGGCUAGGGAGCUCUGUGUAUGGUAACCUGAGAAGGAAAGUGUCACAAGUUACCACGGCAAUGCUUGACGAUGUCAGCAAUCUGGUGGAUGUGCCGCAGCCCAAUGCAAGAGGACAAUGCUCAGUAGGCAACUUGAGGCAGCUGAUCUUAUGGGGCAUAAGACAUAAUGUGACAUGGAACACUCAAGCUUUAGGUGUCAGUACCCAUGGGCUCCCAAGCAUGCUGCCACUCCUGUCGUGUCCCUCCAAUGAUGAAAACAGCUUCAGACAAAAGACGGCUAACUCCACUCCUAAAUCCUCACCUUCCCAAAAAAGUAAUCAAAAACGCCAUCAUGUCCUCCCUGGCACUCGUCACCACCACCAACCCACCCAGCCACAAUCAAGGAGUGAACAACGAAGAGAGAUAGAGUACUCAUCCACUGCAGAAAUCCUGGAAGCGGCGUGCAAUGAAUCCAUCCCAGGAUUGACAGGUGUCUCCAACUUCACAGUGUUCCUCUACUGUAAACUGUUUGAUGGAGAGAAUGGCUCCGUGAGUCCUGUUGUGGCUGAAAUGGGUCUGGAUCUGCACGCCACCUGCUCUGAUGCAGCUUGGUACCUGUCUGCGGCCGAGGAGGACUUCCUUUGGGUUCAUGUGUGCAGUGAGUUCUUUGCUCAUGAAUUCAACAACACGGUGUGUAGCAACUCCUCUUUCUGGCUGCAAAGAGCACAUCAGGCCGCAAGAACAAACAACUACAAUGUGUUUAACCAAACAAAUAUGUUGUGUUUGCACCUAUCGAGCGGUGCAACAGGAAGUCCAGAGCUUGUGGAGGGUUGUCUGGCUCAGUUGGGCAGUAGCAGGUUCAUGAGUGCUCAGACUUUCAGACGCUGCUUUCUGCCCAACAAUUCUGCUCUUAUCUCAGCUUUGUGUGGGAGAGAACCACUAGAAUCCCAUCGGUCCUUGCCAGAGGGCAGCUGGGCUGCAGCAUACUGCUUCAGACAACACAACCUCUCCACUGUUGAUACCACUGAGAAGACCUGUCAAUACGAGGAGUGGGCUGUGCAGACUUUCCUCAACGUGACCAUGCUGGAAGUGUGUGGGAAGACACAUGGACUGAGGGAGUACAUGUGCCUGAAUGCAUCACUCUACCGUCAGUUGCUGGAAUUGAUGCCCCGCUUGUCUGAGUUUUGUGCAGACCUCCAAGGAGAGGUACAAGACGGCAAGUGCUUACUUCAGAGGUUUUUUAACAUGCUCCCAGCCCAAUAUGAGUUUGACACAUCACAGUUGUGUGUGGACCCAGCACAGCUGAUGCUGGAAGUGUUACACAAGCUGACUGUGUGCCAGGUAGAGGGAGGGGAGAACCAAGGAUUUUUUGUCAUGCUAGGAUAUGUGUUAAGGGUGCUGGACUUCAUGGUAGGCCUCUCUUCUGGUCUGGAUGAGGGGGAGAAAGAGGCUCGACAAGGUUUGGGUCAGGCUAUCCUUCUUUCCAGUCUCCUUGAAAAUGGAACCUGGAGCACACUGCGGCCGGAGGCCUCCACGAGCGUCCUCCACACUGUGGGAGUCUUCCUCCGCAGAGAAUGGAACCCAAACCUUAAAGAGGACCUACUGAGCUGCUUUAGUCCUGUCUUGUGGGACCUCAUUCAGCAGGACAACAACUCAUCUGCUCUAAGGGUUCUUCUACAGGAAUAUCUCAAGAUGCCAGAAGACAGCAUUCGCACUCUGGUGAUGUCCGCAGAGAAAGAUGCAGUCAAGAGGUUCCUCUCACAUAUGCAUCAAAGCUGGGAUCACAUUCAAGUUGAAACCAGUCGGGCUUCUCAAAAAGAGCUGCAGGCCAUGGAAACAAUGACUGCUGCUUUUAUCAAUAAAUUCCCAAAAGUGACCCCAGAACUCUUCGUGGACCUGUCCCAGUUCAUCCCAUUCAUGUCUGUCUCCGACAUCAUGAGCUUCCCAGCCUCUCUGAUGGUUAAUGACAGCGUGCUGGCUGCCAUUCGUGACCACAGCUCAGAGAUGAAGUCGCCACAGAAAAAGGCAUUUGUGAAAAGACUCUUGCAGUCUGUCCUGGGUGAUGUCCCCACAUGGCCACCAUACUUCCUCAGCUCCAUCUUGCCUCUUCUGCCGUACCUUCCCAUCAGUCGUUUUCAGCAGCUGACCUCACAACAGCUCACCCCUUUGGUGGAGUUGCUAGGCAACAGCAGCCUGGAUGGUGUGAGAGGGCGCCAUGUUGUUCGGACCAUUUUCACCAAGAAUAAAAAUGUCACAAUUGAUAACAUAAUGAGGCUUGGCGUCCUUGCUUGCUACUUGGAUCCACUUGACCUGCAUUCAUUUCUUCACGAUCCAGCCGUGUCAUUCACUCUCCAGAGGCAGCUUCUUCAGUGUGUGUCCAAGGGCUUCAUUAGAGCCAGUGGCAGGCUUUCGUCCUGGUUGAUACCAGCAGUGCAGACACUGAAUGCCAGCAGCAUGGCUCCUGGAGACCUGACUGGCCUCAGUGCUCUCCUCCCCCAAUUAGGAGCAUCCUUCUUGCUAUCGCUUCCGUCGCAGCAACUCCUGGAGCUCCUCUCCCAACCAGGAAUACACAGAUAUUCUCCAGCACAGGCUUUUGGAAUAUUGUCAAGGAUUUCCAAAGACACCAAUCUGACAGUGGAAACAUUGUGUAGACUGAAGCCAUUACACUCUGGUCUCUCUCCUGCUGUGCUGAGCGGCCUCGACUGGUCUGAGGUCAGUGAAAGCGGCCACUGCCAGUGUUGGAGUAACAUGCUGACUGAACUGAAGCCUGGCCAUAAAGCACUGCUAUACAGUGCAAUGCAGGAGGCUUUACACCGACACUCACCAAACAUCACUCAACGUGUAAACUGUCUCCUGCCGUUAAUUCCUUUGAGGAAGCUGAGUGAGGCCCUGCAGAGGCAACAACUCCCCAAAGACAUCAGCUUGUACAGAGACAUCAACUGGUCGCCACAGCAGGCUCAGCUUCUGUUUAAGUGGAUGCAUGACUCUAAAAAUAUCACCAACAAGAUGUCGAGAGAGCUGGGUCAUGUUGGAGGUGGGAUGACAUGUAACUUUUUGAGGCUUUGGCACAAUGACAGUGAUUUUGCAGAGCUGCUUCACUUUGUUACUUGGUUGCCAGGACACCUUAGACCAGCUCUGCGAAAAUGUAUCAUAGAAGAACUUAGAAAACAACCUGAGGUGGAUGUCAGCCCUUUGAGCCCUUGGUUUUCUGCAACAUUACCACUGACAAUGAUGGAUGACCUUUCCAACACAUCCUUCAGGGCUGUUCUGGACCAUGUCCAAGCACACUUUGCAGAUUUCCUCCUACUACCACAUUACAAGCAGACAAACAUAGCCGAGAGGGCCAUAAGUGAGCUGGGCUCUUCUACCCUUAUUCGUGGCGUGAUUGAUGGUACCACUCUGGACAUGCUGGGCCCUCUACUGCCUUUCUUGGAAAGAGACACUUUGGCUCUGGUAGACAGAGGUGCUCUGGCUUUGCGGCUGGAGGAGAUGAGAAACUACUGUCUUCCCAAAGAAGCCCUAAGAGAUAUCAGCAUGCUGCUCACUCAGAAAGACAUCAUUGGGGAGCCAUCCAAGUGGCAAGUGGGAGAUGUUGAGCAUUUGGGAAGGCUGCUGUUUUCUCUGUCCACAAAGCAGAUUAACUCCAUCCCACUGACAGUGUUGAAUAAAGAUGCAGUGGAGCAGGUUCUUGUGGGUCAAGAACGCUGGGAGGACAGUGUGUUGAGUGGAGUCUGUUUGAGGCGGUGCAUGGACCAACAUCACCAAAGAGAGAAGACACUGAGUCUCAUGAGAGGGAUUUUAAAAGCACAAGGCAGGGAUGCAAAAAAAUCUUUUACUAUCCCACGCUGUGUAGACAUUAAAAGUACAUUCCCCUCAGCAUGGACGUCAGCUCAGCUGAGGCGCAUGUCACAAGUGGAUAUGAGAGAGUGUGUAGAAGUCUUUGGCCAGGAUGCUUCACUAAGCUCCGAGCAGCGCAGGGCACUGUGGGUCAAACUUAGGCAGGCGUUCAGUCCAGUGAGUGAGCUCAGAGCAGAUGAGGUGUUGGCUCUUGGCUCUCUGGUGACUGAGAUGGCAGUCAGAGAACUGCAUGACAUCUCUUUGACUGAUGUUGGUUUUUGGGCCCAUUUGGGGACAUUGACACACUGGAGCCCUAGGAAGAUGAGAGCAGUCAUUUUGGGAAUGAUGCGCAAGCGCAACCUGAAAAUUGAGCACUUAUCAGUCAUUGAUCUGGCGACAUUUGGCCAUCUGAUCUGUGGGCUGUAUCCCUCAGAGAUGACAAGACUGAACCCUUACAACCUCAGCAUGGCGGUCCGAUUCCUCCGAGAGCUGUCCCUGCCAUGCACAGAACAGCAGAUGGAGGCUUUGACAAGCCGUUUGUCCAGAGCUGAGGCCUUUGGUCCAGUCAGUGCUUGGGGACCUGAAGUUUUCACAGAAAUUGGGACAUUGGCAGCGGGCCUGGAAGACAUUGUUUUGUCAGCUCUGACACAAGAGCAAGUGGAAGGAAUCACCACUGAAGCAAUCAGUCUGCUGUCACCUAAAAAGAUGGCAGUCGUGUUUAGUGCCAUUCGCUUGUCCUGGCUGAGUGCAGAGCAGGCGUGGGCCAUCACUCAGGAACAGUGGACUGAGCUUGACGACGAGCAAAGACACGCUGUCGGACUUGCUCGGUAUGAAGGAGAUGUACUGCUAGAGCUGAGAGGGAGAAACUCAGCUGCAGCAGCCCUCAACACUUUAAGCUUUCUGGCUCCAAGUCUCUGGUUAUGGCAUCUAUUUUAAAAUACUUAAGCACGUUUAAUUAGCACAUGACCGCUCCACACAUUUGUACAUGCAAUAAAUAUUUUGGUG